AUGCUGCCUCUGAAAUGCCUGCUGUUCGCCGCGCUGAGUGUGCGGUGUGCCGUGACAGAUGUGAGCAGCUCCCCGCGGCGACAUGGAGCGGAGUGGGAGGGUCGGCGGGAGCAGCGGCUCCUUGCAGAGGAGGUUGUCCAGCCCAUGCGGCUCCUGCAGCGGGUAGAUUCCCACCAAGAGCUGCUCCACAGCCGCCUGGACACGCGGGUCAGAAACGACACGGUGGGUGCACAGCCUGUCCAUCUGGCCCAGAGCAGUUUCCUGAUGGAGGCUUUUGGCUCAACCUUCAUCCUUGACCUGGAACUCAACCACGAUCUCCUGUCUUCAGAGUAUGUGGAGCGACACUUUGACGAGGAGGGGCGACCGCACCAGAACAUGGGAGGUGAGCACUGCUACUACCAUGGGUGUGUGCGUGAUGUGCCUGGCUCGUGGGCUGCUCUCGCAACCUGCCAUGGUCUAUGGGGGGUGUUUUCUGAUGGGAACUUUUCCUAUGGGAUCGAACCUAUUCUCUAUGGCAACGGAGAGGAGCAGAAUGACCACCUGGUGUAUCGUGUGCCUGAUGGUGACCUGUUUCUGCCCACCUGUCCAGGUUAUUAUUACAGAAAACUCGAAAGUCAUAGCAGUUUGAUCUUCUCUCAUCCUGCCCAGGUACGACGAGGCCAGCGUACUGUUCAGACGGAGACCAAGUAUAUUGAGUUGAUGGUUGUCAAUGACUAUGACUUGUUUAUCAAACUCCGUCGGUCAGCCUCCCAGACAAGGAAUUUUGCCAAAGCUGUAGUCAACAUGGCUGACGCGAUCUACAAGGAGCAGCUCAACACCCGUAUAGUGCUGGUGGCCAUGGAAACCUGGUCCUCUCAAAACAUGGUCUCUGUGGGCGACAACCCUCUGCUCACCCUGCGGGACUUCAUGAAGUACAGGAAGGAGAGCAUCAAGGAGCAGAGCGACGCUGUACACCUCUUCUCAGGGAGGACAUUCCUGAACAGCCACAGUGGGACGGCCUACAGUGGGGGCAUCUGCUCGCUCACCAGGGGUGGAGGGAUUAAUGAGUAUGGCAACGUGGGUCCCAUGGCCAUCACACUGAGUCAGAGCCUUGGCCAGAACAUUGGUAUGAUGUGGAACAAGGAGCGGCCCUCUGCAGGUGAUUGUAGGUGUCCAGACCCAUGGUUGGGCUGCAUCAUGGAGGAUACAGGCUACUACCUGCCCAGGAAGUUCUCUCGCUGCAGUAUAGAUGAGUACCUACGUUUUCUCCAGCAAGGUGGGGGCAGCUGUCUCUUCAACAAACCCAGCAAGCUGCUGGACCUGCCGGAGUGUGGCAACGGAUAUGUAGAGCUGGGGGAGGAAUGUGACUGUGGAUCCCAUUUGGACUGUGCCCGGAGUGGAGGGGCCUGCUGUAAGAAGUGUACCCUUACCCAUGACGCCAUGUGCAGUAAUGGCCUCUGCUGCAGAGACUGCAGGUAUGAGCUAAGAGGGGUGACAUGUCGCGAGGCUGUCAAUGACUGUGACAUUCCCGAGACCUGUACUGGAGACUCCAGCCAGUGCCCCCAUAACGUCCAUAAGCUGGAUGGCUACACGUGCGAUGCUGGCCAGGGCCGUUGUUAUGGUGGUCGCUGUAAGACCAGAGAUGGCCAGUGCAGGACUCUGUGGGGCCAUAAUUCUGCUGACAGGUUCUGCUAUGAGAAACUCAACUCUGAGGGCACAGAGAAAGGCAACUGUGGUUGGGAUGCCAAUGGCCAGGGAUGGGUGCAAUGCAACAAACAAGAUGUCCUCUGUGGCUUCCUGUUCUGUACCAACCUGACAAGCAAGCCACGUUUUGGAGAACUGCAGGGGGAGCUGACCAGUUUGACCAUCUUCCACCAGAACAGAUACCUGGACUGCUGGGGGGGUCAUGCAGUGCUGGAGGACAGCUCAGAUCUGGGCUACGUGGAGGACGGGACUCCAUGUGGGCCUAACAUGAUGUGUCUGGAACGCCGCUGCCUCCCUGUCCCAACAUUCAACCUUAGCUCCUGCCCCGGCUCCUCCUCCUCACGCAUCUGCUCCCAUCAUGGGACGUGCAGUAAUGAGGUGAAAUGCAUCUGUGACCCAGACUACACAGGGAAAGACUGCAGUGUGUUUGACCCCAUCCCUGAGCCCACCCCUCAAGAGGGACCAGAAAGAUAUAAAGGUCCCAGUGGUACCAACAUCAUUAUAGGCUCCAUUGCAGGGGCAAUCCUGCUGGCAGCGAUAGUCCUAGGGGGAACUGGCUGGGGAUUUAAAAACAUCCGACGAGGAAGGUAUGAUGAUCCUGCCCAGCAAGCCAUGGUCUGA